UUACCCAGGCAAGAGCAUAGUCUCAGGAGACAAGGCAUCCAGCCCAACACACCAAGCAUUGAGCUAUCAAAAAGACUCUCAUCUGCAGGCCAGGGAGAAAUCAGGUCCCUAAAUCCCCAUCAUCAUGAACUGGCACAUGAUCAUCCCAGGGCUUAUUGUAGUUGUGAUCAAAGCUGUUGGAAUGACUUUGUUUCUGUGGUAUUUCCCACAGGUUUUUGGCAAAAAAAAUGAUGGCUUCAAACCCACAGAGAACUACGGAACUGAUGAUAUGCAGAAUGGCUGUCCCAAAGACUGGUAUUUCCAUCAAGGAAGAUGUUUUUUCUUCUCCUCCUCUGAAUCAUCUUGGAACAACAGCAGGAAUGAUUGUGUAGCAAAAGGAUCCACACUGGCAAUUGUUGACAUACCAGAGAAACUGAAGUAUCUUCAGGACAUAGCUGAUGCUGAGAGGCAUUUUAUUGGCUUAAUACGUCAGCCUGCAGAGAAAAAGUGGCGCUGGAUCAACAACUCUGUGUUCAAUGGCAACAUUGCCAAUCAGAAUCAGAACUUCAACUGCGUCACCAUAGGCCUAACAACGACAUUUGAUGCAGCAUCAUGUGACGUCAGCUACCGCUGGAUCUGCGAGAGGACUUUCAAGUGAUCACAGGUUUUAUAAUGUGAAGCGCAUUAUCAUAUUUACAAGUUUUAAAAAUGAUAUGAUACUGGGGUCUGGAGAGAUGGCUCAGCG